AUGCAAUACGCAUACAACAUAGCUUACACCAACAUUAUUAAAAAUAAAGAAAGAAUAAUUGAUACAGAUGAUGUUGUUGGUGAGAAGUUUAAGUUGGGAAGGAAGAUUGGGAAGGGAGCUUUCUGUGAAGUUUAUGCAGGUGUUAUUCUUGAAAGUGGGGAAGAAGUAGCUAUUAAGCUGGAACCUGUCACAACGGAGCAUCCUCAACUGUAUCAUGAAUCAGAAAUAUAUAAACGUCUCCAAGGAGGAGUGGGAAUACCAAGCCUCAAGUGGUUUGGAGUUGAAAGGGGGCACAAUAUAAUGGUUAUUGACCUUCUUGGACCAAACCUCCAAGAACUUCUGCACAGAUGUGGUGGAAAGUUCAGCUUGAAGACAGUAUUAAUGCUUGCAGAUCAACUAAUAGAAGCAGUCGAGUUUAUGCAUGAUAAGGGUGUUGUUCACCGUGAUAUAAAGACCGAAAAUUUAUUAAUGGGUGUUGGCAGCAAUGUUUGUCAGGUGUACCUUACAGAUUUUGGCCUUGCAAAUGUUGUUUUAGAUCCUGAGACAGAUGAACACAUAGAAUACAGGAUUAAGAAAUUGGAACAAGGCAGACGUAAUGAUAUGGAGUCUCUUGCUUAUGUUCUUGUGUAUUUCCUAAAAGGAAGCCUUCCAUGGCAGGGAUUGAGUGCAGGAAGCAACGAAGAGGAGAUAAAUGGGGAUGUAAUGAGGAAGAAGUUUGCCAUUAAACCUGAGGAGCUAUGUGAAUCAUGUCCACCUGAGUUUGCAGUAUGGAUCACAUCUUGUCAAUGCUAUGUCUUCGAUUAUGAAUAUGAUUGGGCCCAUCCUCCAAACGACGAGUUACAUCAAGUUGGGAACAUCAGCUGA